UCAUUAUAGCAUAUUGACAUAAAAUGAAAGCUUUUUAAUGUUUGAUUUGAAAUAAGUGUAACAGAAUUUCAAAGAGUACGCUAUUUUGUAGAUUAAAAUUCUACUGCCUACAAAACUUAGUGAUAUAGCUGCUUUAAGUUAAAUUCAAUUUAUUUUAACAAAAUGGGUGAUGAGGAUGUAAUACGCAGAAGGCUUCUCAUAGAUGGUGACGGAACAGGAGACGAUCGCCGUCUUAAUGUUUUGCUAAAAACAUUAAUAAAAUGGUGUAACAGUUCAGAUGAAAAAUCGGAAGAGAGUAAAUCAACUCAAUAUGAUAGAAUGUUGGCUCAACUUGCUCAAUGUGAAUUUGCUGUAACAAAAUCUCAACUGGGCUCUGAAAUGAUGGCUGCAGAACUUCAAAGCUACGAAUCAUUAUCGAAAAUUCUAGAAAAUGGCAUAGAAAUAGCGAAAGACAAUAUAGAAAAAAGUAAAGCUGAUUUAGCUCAUGCAAAAACGGUGCGAAAGAAUCGUAUUGAGUAUGAUGUAUUAGCGAAGGUAAUAAGUGAACAGCCAGACCGGAAAGAAACCUUGGAGCGUCUCGGCACACUGAAAACAGAAUUGAGCAGUCUUGAAACAACAAAACAACAGCUCGAAAGUCGAUUGUCGUUGAGGAAGAAACAAUUCCACGUGCUUGUUACAUCGAUACAUCAGUUGCAAGCAUUGUUAGACGAACCGGAUGAUUUGGAAUCUAUUUCCGACGAUGUCGAAAUGAAGGACAUUGUCAAUUGAUUUAGCUGUUAAGAAACCUAUUUUUGAUAAUAAACAAUUUUGGAUAUUU